AAGGACUUGUGACUCACAGAAAGAGGCAAAGAAGAAGAAGAAGAAGAAAGAGAGAGAGAGAGAGAUGGAGUGGUGUGUUUCAAUGCCAAAGGUUGAACUGCAUGCUCACCUCAAUGGAUCCAUCAGUGACUCCACACUCCUAGAACUUGCCAAGGCUGCGGGUGAAAAGGGUCUUAUAAAUUUCUCCGAAGUGGAGCAUGUCAUCCUUAAAUAUGAUCGUUCAGUAACAGAAGUAUUCCAGUUGUUUGACCUAAUCCACAUUCUUACAACUGAUCACACCACUGUUACAAGAAUUACGAAAGAAGUCGUUGAGGGUUUUGCAUCAGAGAAUGUUGUCUAUCUGGAGUUGAGAACUACUCCAAAGAGAAAUGAUUCCGAAGGAAUGAGCAAACGCUCUUAUGUUGAAGCUGUACUGAAGGGUCUAAGAUCAGUCAGUUCAGUUGACGUGGCUUUCAUUCCACAUAGUGAGGAUUUUAGAAGUCUUUUUAAUCCUCUACCUACGAUUUCAAAUGAUAAAUGUAAUGGAAAUUCUAGAAAAAGAAUCUUUGUUAGGCUUCUCUUGAGCAUUGACCGUAGGGAGACAACAGAAGCAGCAAUGGAAACUGUCAAGCUUGCACUGGAAAUGAGGCAAUUUGGGGUAGUUGGAAUUGAUCUCUCUGGAAAUCCAAAUGUUGGUGAAUGGACUACAUUUUUGCCAGCAUUGAAAUUUGCUAAAGAACAAGGUCUUUAUGUAACACUUCACUGCGGAGAGGUACCUAAUUCAAAGGAGAUACAUGAUAUGCUUGACUUUCAUCCUCAAAGGGUUGGACAUGCUUGUUACUUUGAGGAUGAUCACUGGAGAAGGCUGAAGUCCUCUAACAUUCCGGUUGAAAUUUGUUUGACAUCAAACGUUAGUACAUUGUCCGUUCCAUCUAUGGAUGUUCACCAUUUUGCUAAUUUGUAUAAAUCAAAACACCCUUUGGUCCUCUGUACUGAUGAUUCGGGUGUAUUCUCUACCUGUCUCUCCAAGGAAUACAAAAUUGCUGCUGAUUCAUUUGGGCUGGGAAGGAGGGAAAUGUUUGAGCUAUCAAGGAAUGCUGUCGAGUUUAUAUUUGCAGAUUGUGGAGUAAAGGAGGAUUUAAGAAUUUUUUUUAAUUCAGUGGCAAAGAAUAUGGAAAUGUAUCACAAUGAUGGACACAAGUUAUAGCUAUAUUAGAUAUUAGAGAUUAAAUAACAAUCCUGGCUGGGGUUAGCUCCUUAUCCGAGAUUGAAGUUGGUCCUUGGUCAUAUUCUUCAUUCAAGUGAUUCUUCAAAGUUUCAGUUGAUUUGCCAUGCCACUGCUUAUUGAAGAUGGUCAACUCAUUAGGUUUAUGUUUAUUUAGUGACAACUUUUGCUAAUAAUGCUGCUAUUAGCCACUUUUAAAUUUGACCACUUCAGGUCAGAUGCUGGCAAUGAACUUGUCCAUUAUGCCAUCUCAGGGAUAUCAUGGAUGGGAUUAGGUUGAUUUUGGGUAAAAUAAAAUUGAA